CUCCCUGCUCUCGGCUUCAUGCUUUCGCUGGCCUCUCUCUCGCCUGCCUCUCUCGCCGAGCCGGAGGGGAUGGAGACCCUGCGGAGAAGCCUGUCCCGGUGGAAGAAGUACCACAUCAAGGUCCACCUGGCCGACGAAGACCUCCUGCUGCCUCUGACGGUGAGGUCCACCGACACCAUGAUGGACCUGAGAGCCCACCUGGUGCGGGAAGGGGUGACCUCGUGGAAGAAGACCUUCUUCUACAACGCCCGGGUGAUUGAGGAGCACGAGACGGUGAAGGAGGCCAAGAUCCAGAACGGGUCCGUCCUCCUGCUCAUCAGCGACAAGAGGGGAAAGGCCAUAGAUGAAUGGUAGGACAUCUGCCUUGUACUCAGAAGGUCCCAGGUUCAAGCCCUGCCAUCUCCAGGUGAUGCUUGCUUUGAGAGGCUGAGGAACUGCCUGGCAUGGCGCCAUCAUUCAGAAGGACGUUGUUGUUUUUCUUCUCUCUCACAUGAGCAAAUCACAGCGGCUAGCAGAUAUCCAAAGGUCUCCAAGCGAGGAAGAGGAGGGGAAGAAAGAUGGAUCCGGAGAGGAACGGAGGCGUUGGCAGAACCAGAAAACGGCGCUUCAGAUCCAUGACUCUUGGGCAUUUUGAGUUGGUGACCUGAGAGAGAGAGAAAGAGAGAGUUUCUGCCUUCAGUCACUCCCUCAUGGCGCCUCCGCGCUGGGUGAUACUUCAGACAGGUUUAGACAUGACAGCCUAGCCUAGUUGUCUGCCGGAAAG